AUGGCCCUGACGCCCGCGCGUCUCCUCCCCCUCCUCCGCUGCCCGCUCUGCCCAUCUCACACGCUCCUGCACUCCCCAGUCACUCUCCGAUGCGGAGACACCCUCUGCGCGGAGCACGCCCGUGCGGACGUCCGCGGGCGGUGCCCCCUGCCCUCCUGCACCUCCGCCCCGCUCGCCCCCGCCCUCGCGCCCCACCCCCAGUCCGGCGUGGGCUACUACACCGCGCCGCCCAUGCCGGGCGCGCCCUCCGCCGCGGACAGGGCACGCCCCGGCAGGGCGGACGUCACGGUGAGCAAGAUCCUCGAGCUCGCAGAGCGCGCGCAGGCGUGCGCACCGGCGUACCCGCCCGACGCAGACGAGCACACCGACUCCGAGGGGGACGACGGGGAGCCCCCGCGCGUGGACCCGGAGCACGACAUCGACGACAUGUACUUGGACCCCGCGCCCCCUGCAGCGGAGGCCGUCGCGGGCCCCUCGUCCGCACCCGCUUCUGCCGUGGACACGGUGUCUUCUCCCGCUCGCGAUCCCCGAGCGACCCGGCGUCCACGUUCGUGCUCGCCCGACGCGCUGUCAACCGCACGACCGAGGAAACGCCGCCGUCACUUGCCCCCGCGCCGGCCGCCGCCUGAGCCACAGGAACGUACCCCUGCGGCGCGGUUCGAGAAGGAGCUGUUGGGCGAGCUGACGUGCGACAUUUGUAGCCAGUUGUUUGUGCAGCCUGUCACGGCGCCAUGCCAGCAUACAUUCUGCGCGGGGUGUCUGCACCGUUCGCUCGACUACAACGCCGCGUGUCCCAUAUGCCGCGACCCGCUUGAGUAUGCGUACUUCCAGGACCACCCGUGCAACAAGCUGGUGCUGAAAAUUAUCCUGAGCGCGUUCCGAGAUGUGCAUGACGAGCGCUGCUCUGCGAUCGAGGCGGAAGAGCGCGAUGCACGCCUGGACACGCCUGUCAUGAUCGCCCAGCUGAGCUACCCCGGCAUGCCUACGAUGCUCCAUUUCUUCGAGCCGCGGUACCGGCUGAUGCUCCGGCGGUGCCUCGCGACGCCCAACCCGCGCUUCGGGAUGAUCCCGCCCCCGCGCACCGCGCCCUCCGCCGCCUUCCCGCCCGCCCUCCAGGCACACGCGCCGCCCGCGCACGCCCCCUCGACCACGGGGAACGAGUACGGGACGAUGCUGGAGAUCCGGAACGUGCAGAUGCUGCCGGACGGGCGCGCGGUCGUCGAGACGUGGGGCGCGUGGCGGUUCAGGAUCGUGGAGCGCGGGACGCUGGAUGGGUAUGUCGUCGCGAGGGUGGAGAGGGUGGAUGAUUGGGAGGAGGGGGACGAGGAGCUUGUGGGUGUGGAGGAGACGAGGGCAGGGGAAGGGGAGGGCAGGGGAGGGCAGGCGGUGGGGCGCAGGGCGGGGGACGGCAAGGCGCGGACGAUGGCGGAGCUGAUGGAGGUGUGCCAUACGUUCAUGAACGAGCUCAGGGAGGGCACGCCGUGGGUCGUCCACCGCCUGAACACGAACUACGUCGCGAUGCCGACGGACCCGGCGAGCUUCAGCUUCUGGAUGGGUGCGCUCCUCCCGAUCGACGAACACGAGAAGGCGAAGCUGCUCCCGAUCCGCUCGGCCCGUCUGCGCCUGCGCCUCGUCGUGCACUGGAUCGAGAAGCUGCAGAGUCAAUGGUGGUUCUCUGGUGGCUGCGUCGUCUCCUGA